AUGCCCCCUGGGGGAAGACCACCAAGGGGACGAGCGGGGCGGGACAAGGACAGACUUUGGGAAUUUCAACAGCAACAACGCUCGUGGGACUACGAUGUUCGUGUGGAGGAACUUGACACCGACGACGAUCACUCGCCGCACGGUGUCGAGCCCGAUCAGGGUUAUGGUCCAUCAAGAUUUCGUUCAGAUGAGCUUCACUUUACUGGCAUAGAUUUAGGCGGGGGAGUGGUCCGCCGGCGGCGUUCGGGCGAUUCUUUCGGCAAUGAUUUGACUCCGUCGGAUGACGAGGACGAUUAUGACUCUUAUCCGGGGCUCGUGCGAAGACCAGACAUGCAGAUGGCUUAUAGGGAGAAAGAAGACAUGCUCGUGCAGAGGGCUCUGGAGAGGAUCGCGCGCGCCCGGGCUCUGGGUAAGCCCAACGUCAAGUUGAGUCGAGCUGAAAUUGAUGCUUUAAAACGCUUAGAGCUCGACCGGAGCCAGACUCCUCCCCAGACCCCUGCAGCAGCACCACAGAUCGCUCCAAAAAGCAAAAAAGAAGGCCCAGUUGUCAAGCGCAAGCCGGUCGAGGUCCGCAAGGUGUCGGGCAGGAGCAAUGGCAAGUCUUCUGGCGGCUCUCCCACAAAAGGCAAGACGGCAGACAGCCGCAAUCGUGGGAGAAGUUCUGCAUCCAGCAAUUCUCAGCGCGAGAGUGCCGACAACGCCGUGGCCGCCUACGCAUUGCCUCCGGCAGAUCUGGACUACGAUCGAAGGUUGGCGUAUCCGCAAGGGUACUAUGUGACAGGUCCCCGUCAGCCCGAACCGCUACGGCAAGGCUCUCGCACGAGCUCCAAUCAGUCUCUGCGGCAACAACAAAUGCAGGCCAUGCCCCCUUAUCAGCAACAUCCUUAUUAUUCGCAUCGCUAUUCGUCCAAUCCAGACGUUCUCUACAACAGGCACGGCUCGAAUUCCCCUCGCCUGCCCCGGCCUGACCCGUCCGAACCUGACUGGGAACCCCGCGCUCGCUCAACUUCCAGUCUGGUCAACGUUCCCCUGGAUCAGUUGCCUUAUCAGACGAGCGUGGGGCGGGCGCCACGGUUCGAUCCUGCCGAUCCACGCUUUGCCUCACCGCAGCGUCGCGUUGUGUCCGGCCCGCCGGGUGUCCCACAAGUCGGACAGUAUCGCCGUUUACAAGACGAACUGUUCCUUCCGGACGAGCGACCGGAGGUCUACAACUAUCUGGCCCCGUCUGAUACGGACAACCAAGACGACGAUGACGGUAGCGACUAUGUGCCAGAAGAGGAAGUGGUUGAUGUCAGGGAAAGGCCAGGUGGUGAAUAUGCCAUUCAAACAAGAAGCGCUGUCGUGGGGACGUCAUCGCAACGGGUUCGGAGUAAUGGGAAAGGCACGGCUGGGAAAAGUAAAAAGGGAAGAUAG